CGAAGUCGACGAAAAGAAGAAUUUGACAUAUUUGGAUGCUACUGGAGCGGCUAGAGCUGAAGCACCGCUUGUUAGACGAGCAAUUGACACCACAACUUAUACCGAUCCGUGGACUAAGAGUACCUAUGAUGGGAUGUAUCACGCUGUAAAACAGAAUUUUUGAGGCACCCCGAGGAACGAAACGAAGCAGGCUUUCGUCGAAAGGCUUGAGAAUUUGAUGGCGGCCAGUCAAGAAGUAAGAGAAUUGAAAGAACAGUAUGGUUUUGGACGCAUCUGCGCCAAUCUACGGCAAAUGAUCAGGGCUGGACUCUUUCUCGUGGACUAUGACCUCCAUCCCAGUCGUGAGCAAGCGAUUGUUGCAGCCUCAAAAAUCUCUGGGGAAAGAGUAACCACGACAGAGGCGAUCCGCGAAGGUUCCGAACACGACCUAAAUCUACUGCUCAACGAUCAUCUGGAGUCAUCGAAGCACGCGUUAUCGAAACUUCGAGGACUGAUCAGCUUCAAGCCAUCUGAUGAGAGCAAGGACAAUCUUCCUCCAUCGCUAAGUGCCCAUCAUAAUGAGCACUCAACUGCUAUUGAGGUCGACAAUGAGGAGAUUGAGAAGAACAAUCAUCUGGUAGAAGAGAUCGCACCGCCAGCCACCCUUCCAUGGAGUAUUGUUAGACUCCCUAACAUGAAUGAGGUUGAACCAUCGAAGAACCGGAAUCUCGUCCCAGGACCAAAUCGACUGAGAAUGUUUGAGGCACAGCAGACGUUCAUGGCGUUAGAUGACGACAUGAAUGAGUGCAUCAGCAUGGCAGUUUCAAGCACAGGGAUCCCAGCCUUGCCGACGUCCCCCACACUGGAAAACCGCAUGGAUGAGCAGAAGGACCCAUCAAUCUCCAAGCCCUCAACAAGUGAGCCCACAAGACUUCCAGCCUUGCAGGAGCUUGGCUUGGGAUCAGGUCUGGGGCAGGAGCUGAAUCUGAGUGGCUUGCGACUUGAUGGUCUUGAGCUUGAGGACACUCCUAGCUUCCUGCAUAUACUCGAGCCUGUUGAGAACAAGCACGCCAAUGCAAACAAGAAAUUCCAAGCUUCUGUCACUUUGGAGGACGCUGUAUCACCUACUGAUCUCUGGACAUAUAUCUCAGAAUCGAAGGAGGUCAGUGAAGAUGCACCAGAUGCACCAGAUGCUCUUCAAUUAAGUUCUCAGAAUAAUUUUAGCUCGCUGGCUACAUGGAGGUACAAGCCUGUGGGACCUAUCAAGAUGCGAUACAAGUCACCUGAGACCGAUAUGAAGUCUGCUACCGAAUCAAGCCCUGAUACCCAAUCAAAACCUGACACCGACUCAAAGCCAGAGAAGAUUGCGGAUCAAAAAAGGGUCGACGCAGAUUGAUGAACUUGGGAUGAUUGAUCUUGAUGAGCACGAAGCCACCAUCCCAAAGUCUGAAAGCGCUGAGGUAGCCGACGAUCCUCAGGAGACUUGCUCAGAACAGCAGAAGGAACGAAAGAGCCUCCUCCGUGAGGCUGAAGAAAGCCUGAGGAAGGCCGACAGACCGAAUCCUAAAGCAAGGGACGGACCCCGUGCGAAAUAUAUGGUGAAGAAUAAGGUCCCAGAAGAGAUCAGUCAGUAUGCAACGAUGCCAGUUCCCGAGACUUAUGAUCUCUACCUGCCAUAUCGCGUUCAGUACAAGUUGCUCACCUAUCUACAAGCCUCGCUGGAAACGGUUUGCUUUGGCUAUCUGAAACGUGAACACUCGCACACUUUGGAAGGGUCAGAUUCACUGCGGGAGGUGGAAUAUCCCGAAAAUUUGGAAUUGCCGCAGUACGUCAACAUCUUCAGGGAACACGUAGAGUUUGACUCUCAGGCACUCAACAAGUA